CACAUUCCGUUUAAUGUUUUUUUUUAAGAAAUCUUUUGACCACAACUGUGUUGUCAUCAGGUCACGCUGAAUGAGACACUGACUUAUGUACAUCAGCCAUAUAUUUCUAAAGACAUAUUCCUGUGAGUGUAACAGCGAUGGAAAAUGUUAGUUUACACAUGACGUUUAUCAACUUCAGGGAACUGAAAGUAGACUCUUGGUUAAUAGCGUUUCCUUCCUCCUGAGGCUUUACUUCUCUUGAUGGGCAUGAAGUUUAUUAUUGGAGUGGCAGUUGUGGGUGAAGUUGCAAACGUGAGGUCUAAUCUUGAUAGGGUCUGCUUCUCGAUCACUGCCUAAAUAGAUUAGUGUUAAAAUUCAGACAAGACAUUCCAGUCUCUCCUCUUAUAUAAUGGCGUGUUUUGCUGCCACACUUGGUAUCGUUAUUCUUUCAGGACACAUCAAGCUCUCCGCAGCAAACAAGGAAGCCUGCGACCUCUAUGCUGCAGUUGGACAGAGUCGGACUCUGCCUCUCGUCUACAAGGGACUGACAAACAAACACAUCCUGAGGUGGACUCACAAUAAGACAAUAAUCUUCUACAGAGAGAAAGGCAGAGUGUCUGUUGGAAAGACAGGGGACGUUUCUGCAACCGGAGAUCUUCAGUUAAAGGCCGUACAGUUCUCGAGUGCAGGAGAUUACCAAGCACAUCUACUGCAUCCAAAUGGUACUUUUGCCCAAUCGUGGAUCGUCCGUCUCUGUGUCCUGAACAAGGUAUCAAAACCUAAACUCACUUAUGUCUGUGACUUCAAGUCCGGUGCUGUUAAUCUAAACUGCAAUGUAGCCAAACCCCAGGGUUUGUUGUUCUCAUGGACACUUGAUGACAAGACACUGCAAGGUGAAGAAAGACAAACUUUGAGUAUAUCACUGGCUCACUUGAAAGGAGUGAGGAACUUCACAUGCAGUGUGGCAAACAAUGUCAGCAAAGAGAGGAGUGAUACUGUUUGUCCAGCCUGUAAAAGUCCAUCACCAUCUCCACAAUCAAAGGAGCUCUGUUUUAAACCUGCGACUGUUGUGCUAGCCUUAGCAGGAGGAUUGACUCUGAUUGUGCUUUUGCUCAUCAUCACCAUCACAUUAUGUUGCUGCCACAGACGUAAUAAAACACAAAAGACACUCACAGGAAAAGGUGACGUCAGAAUGCUUUCUCUAAACAAGCGAGGGUCAGGGUCCAUCAGCCCCGACUAUGAGACGAUGCACCCGACUGAGAACACUACUCUUCCAAGCCAUCAGCCUUCACUGAAAGCCUGUUACCAGGAAGUGUCUCAGCCUGACGCUCAGAGUGGAGGCACACCUCUGGAUCUGCCCACAGCUGCUGAGACAAAACAACCUUCGCCUGACGCUCAGAGUGGAGGCACACCUCUGGAUCUGCCCACAGCUGCUGAGACAAAACAACCUUCGCCUGUGCCCAAACCAAGGACCAAGAGUCCACAUCAAACAGCUAAAUUAACCUGAAACAUGGACCUGUUAUUGUGACCCAAUACAACUGAACCAAUAUCAAGAAACUUUAUUCUACAUUUUUAAUCAAUGUCAUUUUAUCACUGUAAAAAUGCAAUAUGUAAGGUAUAGUGACAAUGUAAAUCUUUAAAUGUGAUGUGACUUAUCUAAUAUGCUGUGGAAGUGAUAUUCUUUAACCAUGUCUGUGCAACUGGCUUAAGAAUAAGCAUUUCAUUUGUGUUUUAAUACUCCUUUGUUUGGUCGACUAAAAAUAGUGUUCGGGCUGUGUAGAUAGUAACAUAUCAGAGAGAAACGGUGUGUUGAUAGUUUUGAAACAGCAUUUACAGCAUUCACAAAUGUAUGUCCUUAUCUCGUCGGAAUUUUAUUUCCUAAUAUCACCGUAAAUAAGUUGGUGAUAAUAAAUAAAGUUGCAAAGAAUGAUC